AUGGAGGCUGGGCCAUCGAGUGCUUUCCCAUGGAAAAAGGUUUGGCAACUACAGGUCCCAAAUAAAGUCAGGCACUUCUUGUACAGAGCAGCGGCUAACAGACUACCAUGUAAACGUAAUUUAGCUAGAAGGGGUGUCCUGCUCCAUGAUAGUUGUGUUCUCUGUAAUGCAGAUGGUGCCUCUAAAACUCUUGAUCGUCUGUUUCUGCAAUGUGAAUGGACGCAGCGUUUUUGGUUCGCGGUGUUGAAUCUUCGAUCAUCAACAUUGUCGUCCUUCCGGGGCUGGAUCUUAGGUUUAUUGCUCAAUGGAGAUGCAGAACUCUUGACGCGGGUAGUGAUGCUGGUGUGGGCUCUGUGGAAGCAUCGAAAUGAAAUUCUUUUUCAUGGUGGGCUAGCUGAUGUGGGGGUGGUCACUAACAUGGCAUAUGAAGUGCUUAGGGAUUGGACAGAAGCUAAUGAAAGAAGACCUGCAAGAGAGGGAAGACAAAAUCAGGAGACCAUGAAUUUUGAGAAAGGGUGGAUUAAACCGCGGGAAGGAGCACUGAGAAUCAAUAUUGAUGCAGGAUGGUUCGGGGAGAAUGGCCAAGGCUUGGGCUUAGUGAUUAGAGAUCACCAUGGUGAGUGUAUGUAUGCGGCUACGAAGUUUUUAUCUUCACGCUCUAACCCUGCUGUUGAAGGAGCCACCUGCAUGGUGGCUUGCUGGCACUGGACGCUGUAUUCUCUUUGA